AUGGCCACUCUUGUUCAAACCGCUGCUUUUCCCAUCCUCUACAUCCCUCUUCUGCUCCUUCCUUCUUCUUCUUCGGAUCCUGCUUCUUGCUCCCUUAAAACCAUUCUCUUGAUCUAUGUUCUGAUCGGUGUCAUUAUCGCUGGAGACAACAUGCUCUACUCUGUUGGACUUUUCUACCUCUCUGCAUCGACUUAUUCGCUCAUUUGCGCUACCCAGUUAGCGUUUAAUGCGGUCUUCUCUUAUUUCAUCAAUGCACAGAAGUUCACUGCUUUGAUUCUCAACUCAGUUGUGCUCCUCCUCUUCUCUGCUGCUGCUUUGAUUGCGCUUAACGACGAUGCGGACACCCCUUCUAGUGUCUCUAGGUCCAAGUACAUUGUUGGGUUCGUGUGUACACUCGCUGCAUCAGCUCUCUACUCUCUAUUGUUCUCCCUCAUGCAGUUCUCCUUUGAGAAGAUUCUGAAGAAAGAGACGUUUUCAGUGGUUCUCGAGAUGCAAAUCUUCACUUGUCUAGUGGCGACCUGUGUCGUGGUUAUCAGGAUUUUUGCUAGCGGGGAGUGGAGAACGCUGCACGGAGAAAUGGAAGGGUAUCAUAAAGGUAAAGCCUCUUAUGUAAUGUCUCUGGUCGGGACAGCAGUUACAUGGCAAGUGUGUUCUGUAGGAGUUGUGGGUUUGAUAUUUCUGGUGACGUCGCUCUUCUCAAACGUUAUUAGUAUGCUCUCUUUAGCUGUGACACCACUCGCGGCUUUGGCUGUGUACCAUGAUAAGAUGAGUGGGGUUAAGGUUAUGGUGAUGCUGAUCGCUCUUUGGGAAUCAUUUUGA